AUGGCGGAGAGAUAUAGCAGACUAAGCGAGGUAGAAAAACGGAAGAAAAGCAUCAAUCUUUCUCUGUUCCUAAACAAGAAGAUGAACGACGACAGGAAGAAGUCUCUCGAGAAAAACGACAACAAAUUCUCGCAGAAAAUCUCGGAGAUGGAGGAUUCCUUGGUCAAACGUCUACAGAUGUUUCAAGACAAGCUUCGGCUUCUUCGACUAAACCCUCAUGAUCAUCAGACCGAGAUGUGUGCGGUUUCAACGGAUCAUCAUCUAUCUCCUUCGCUAAUUGUCGAUCCUCAGACAGAGCCUUCAACGAAUCAUCUGAUUGCACAGAGUCGCGAUGCUUCUUCAAGUUGUUUAUCGACCGUGAAUUAUCCGAGCCGUGAUGUUUACUCAACUGAUUUAUCGGCGUUGAAUUGUCCGAGCAACUGCUCGAUUCUUCUCUAUAACCACGACAACGCUACUUACACUCAAUUGUCUUCGGCCUUUGAUCAGAGAAGCUGCAACAACUUUCAGAUGCAGACUCAAUUGUCUUCCGCCUUUGAUCAGAGAAGCUGCAACAACUUUCAGAUGCAGACACAAAACCCACUUCUUAACUCUGAUCAGUUUGCAACAUGGAAUCAGAUUCAGACACCAUCUUUUGGAGAGCAGUUUAUGUACCCUUCUCCUUCUUGCUGUUAG